GAGUGGAGAGCCAAACUUGUUGACUCAUAACCGAGCCGCUCGUCAGCAUCCUCCUCCUCCUCCUCACCAUCACCAUCAUCAUCAUCAUCCUCAUCCUCCUGCUGGACCACUGAGCCGCUGCUAGACGCUCCACACAUCCAGGACUGUUUAGAUCUUUGAACGUUCCCUCAACCGAUCCGGGAGAUUUGGGAGUAGUUGUUGUUGUUUUUGACACGAAAGGUGUGGAAAUCCAUCACACUCCAUCGAGUCCGGAACUUCUAGACCAGGAAGGACCCCCGCCAGCCCCAGACAAGAAGCGAUGGCGUUCAUGGUGAAGCACAUGGUGGGGGGCCAGCUGAAGAACCUGACCGGCGGCCUGACGGAGGAGAAGCCCGAGGCGGAGAAGUCCGAAGCGGCGGCGCAGGGGAUGACCCAGGAGGAGUUCGAGCAGUACCAGCAACAGUUAGAGGAGGAGAAACAAGAACGGGAGGCCAAUUUUGCCCAGAAGAAGGCGGAGAGAGCCACAGUGAGGAGUCAUUUUCGGGAAAAGUACAGACUACCAAAGAACGAGAUGGACGAGACCCAGAUCCAGCAGGCGGGCGACGACGUGGUCCUGCCCACCGAGCUGGCCAAGAUGAUCGCCGAGGACGGCCAGGAGGAGGCGCACAAGCAGUCGGUGCUGGGCCAGCUGUCCAACCUGCAGAACGUGGACAUGGACCAGCUGAAGGACAAGGCCCAGGCCACUCUGGAGGACCUCAAAAAGCAGACGGAGAACUGCAGCCUCAUGUGAUGUCGUGACGACGCGGGUCGGCCUCUGGGAGGGCGGAGCUUCUUCUGGAAAGGAGGAAGGAGUUUGCUUGUCUCGUUUAUUUGUUGCAUAAAAUAACUAAAAAUACAACAAAAAUGGUUCAAUCACAGCCAUUUUUAAAAAGCCACUUUGUGCUUCAGGUUUCAUGCUAGCACGUGUUUCUUUUUUUUUGUUGAUUCCCUGGAGUUACAUGAUGGGAACGCAAACCCGAUCCGGAUUUACCGCUUUUCCCGUGCUUUAAGACGAUGGUUUUAUUUUACGUUAUGUUUUAGCUAGCAUAUAAAAACGUUUUUUGGGGUGGAGAAAUCACAUAGAAAUUACAAAAAAAACAUUGAUUAAACAAAAAAGGCCGCAAUGUGCACACCAGGCCACUAGUUGGCGAUGAAACUCAGGUUUGUUGGGGUUGUCGGGCGUCGUCGCGUUGUAGCACACCUAGCAACGCACAUCCUGGGUUUAUUCAUGCGUACUGUACACGGAAAGGCACAAUAUUUUUUUUGCAAAGUCGCAAAAACGAGCCUGUAAAGUUACUCUUCUUCUUCUUCUUCUCCGAGAAGCUCCGCCUUUUCCAAAACUGCAAACUGUGGCUACGAAGAUCGCUAACAUCAGCUGCUAUUUGUUUGAUGCGGAAUCGGCGCACAAAGAGCGUAAUAAGUAUUCGAUACCUCCCAGCUGAUUGGCGGGAUGCUGUGUGAAAUGCCCAAGGUGAGAUCUACUCUCUGAUGGGUCAUCUCUGUGUCAAAGUGACAACUUUGUUCUCGUUUUUAAUCGUUUCUUGUCAAAUAAUGUCACCUUAGGGGACUUUACCGCGUGGAAUACAAUACAAUACAUGAUCAUCUUUCAGCAUUAGACCAUCUUUGUGCUCUUUAAAAUCAACUUAUAUAUGAAAGUUUGUGUUUUUUCAACCAAAUGGCGGCAUCUGUCUUAAUAUCGUAAAUGCUGUAAUUAUACACAUUUCAUGAGCGCAUUUAUUGCAGCAUUUACGGUAUGUUAUCCGGAAGUAAAAAGCUGCUGUCACGCUUUAGAGGCAUCUGUCUUAAUACCGUAAAUGCUGUAAUUAUACACACAUCAUGAGCGCAUUUAUUGCAGCAUUUACGGUAUGUUAUCCGGAAAUAAAAAAGCUGCUGUCACGCUUUAGAGGCCUGAGCCUUUGUUGUAAAAUACGCGAGUCCGAUACUUGUGUCCUUUUUCGUGGCGAUAUUUCUGUGGUUUUGUUGUCUGCACAGUCGGGGGAGUGGGGGCGUCACCUUUUAACCCCUUCCGCUGCCGAACGCCGUGUCGUGGUGCCGUUUUCGUAUCGAUGGACUUGCUGUCGUUCAGCCCGUGUUUGACGUGUCGAGUGUUGUCUCGGUGAACCUAACAGUUGCUGGUGUUCCUUUUCCCACCGGGUUGCCAGAUUUAGCUUUCGCGUAGAACUUUGUUCGUGUUGUUCUCUAACAGUUGCGCGACGUGGACAAAAUAACGGGGUCUCUGUCGCAUUCGUGACGUCAGCGAUACUUUUGUCCGAACGCAAAGCCGAGGAAGAACGUGGUUCUUGUCACGUGAUAGACGAAAAAGUAGCAAUAAGUCAUUUUUUUCAACAUCAAUACUACACAAUAUCUACUGUAAUAAUACUGCUAACGAUAAUAAUAAUAAUAAACGGGGAAGUGAAGCCAUAAGCUGUAUGUGUGUGCGCUUACUCAUGGUUACCAUGACAACCAGUGUACAAAUGUAACUAUUGUUGUGUCGUCAUCCUGUGCAGGUCAAAUAUUCAGGAAGUGGCUGCUUUUGUUUUGGCCAUAAAAAUACUCUCAAUGUCUGUCAUUCCGUCUCUUAAUAUGUCAGUGCUUUUUGGGAGGGAGAGGGAGUUUAAACUGCAAUAAACAUAUUU